CACAUCCAGGGCCGGAAUCCCAUUUCACGCUAUGCGGUGAAUCUGCGAGUCAGCACACCUACUGUGUACAUGAUUGUUACCUUACGGAGCCAUAUGCAUGCAGGCAUACGAGCCUUACAGCAUCCGCUAGUUCAAUUUCCUCAGUUGUCGGCAGAAAAUACAGAGAUCACUACGAAUUUCUUCAUCCCUGAAAAGUUCACUCCGCCUUUCUGUGGCUGCACUCGACCAAUUUGGACCGCACGAUCCUGGAUGCAUCAUGAGCAAAACAUUAUCAACCCGGCAGGCCGAAGAGCUUCACAAGUCGAUCAUAGCAUACCUCUCGGCGAACGGCGCUCCAGAUGCCGCUGCCGCGACGAGGGCCGAAUUAGGCCUCGGGUUAGAUGUAUUCGAUGAAGCUUCAACCAAAAAGUAUGAGACUUUGUUGGAAAAGAAAUGGACCGGCGUCGUCCGUCUACAGAAGAAAAUUAUGGACCUCGAAUCCCGGGUCGCGGCGUUGCAAUCUGAGCUCGACAGUGCCACCCCCUCACAUCUGUCAAAACAUAAUCAAGAUCCGACCUCUUGGCUGCCCAGCCAACCCGCCCGCUACAAGCUGGAGUCACACCAAUACGAUAUCACCUGCAUCAGCUUUCAUCCAGUUUACACCACCGUGGCCUCGGGUGACCAAGGCUCUAUCAUUAAGAUAUGGGACUGGGAGCUUGGCGAGCUAGAGAGAACCGUUAAGGGCCACACCCGAGCGGUCACCGGGCUCGACUAUGGCGGCCCAAAAGGUCGCAUCCUCCUCGUCUCUUGUAGUUCCGACCUGACGGUGAAAUUGUGGGACCCAGCGGAUGGAUACAAGAACAUUCGGACGUUCUCGGGGCACGAUCACACCGUCAGCGCCGUCCGUUUCAUCCCAUCUGGGAACCACAUCGUCAGCGCCAGCAGGGAUGCUACCUUGCGGAUCUGGGACAUCAAUACUGGAUAUUGCGUGAAGACGAUCCACGGGCAUUCGAGCUGGAUUCGUGACGUGUGUCCCUCCUCUGACGGAUCUCACCUGCUAUCCACGGGGGACGAUCGGACCCUACGCUUAUGGGAUAUCUCCGCGCCGCAGCCACAGAACACGCUGACGAUGACCGGCCACGAGAAUUUUAUCGAAUGCUGUGUCUUUGCGCCACCAACCUCGUACCAGUACCUAGCUUCCAUGGCCGGGUUGAAGAAGCCACCGCCGAGGAGCAGCACGACAGAAUUCAUGGCCACGGGCUCACGGGACAUGACCAUUAAGCUGUGGGAUUCACGGGGGACAUGUUUCAAGACGCUGAUCGGCCAUGACAACUGGGUGAGAGCGCUGGCCUUUCACCCCGGUGGCAAGUAUCUCCUCUCUGUGGCUGAUGACAAGUCGCUGCGCUGCUGGGACCUAAGUCAAGACGGCAAAUGCGUCAAGCAGCUGAAGAACCUGCAUGAUCACUUCAUCUCGUGCUUGAGAUGGGCGCCCGCGAUGGUCAAAGAGCCUCCAGCCGGCGAAGGAAACGGGACGCCCAUCAAAUCGGGACGGGAUUCCCAGCCCCAGCAGGUCCAGAUCCGCUGUGUUAUUGCCACGGGAAGUGUGGACAUGACAAUAAAAAUAUUUGCGAGGUAGCCUGGUAGGAGUAUGUCGAGACGCUGCUGAGAACGCUGGCAUGACCAGCGUCAGUGCUGUAUAAAUCGACUUGCAAGGGUAGACGGCCGCUCUAGCUGACAAUGAACAAGGAGCAGGAACACAAAGAUCUGGUUGUGGACGAACAUCAAGGAUCAGGCUGACCGUUGGAGUCUGGAUUGGUUAGGAGUCUCGUGUGGUUUGGAGUCAGGGGUGCGGGACAAGGGACACCAACGCUUACACCUCCUUACGGGCUUUCGAUGUUUGUCGAAACAUACCAUUUAUAUCGUAUAUACACAUUGCUUCAUAGAGAAGCGCUAUUCCUGAGGAACCGGUGAUGAGUCAUGCUAGGUUACACUCCUCAGUC